CCACGUACUCUCUUGCAUAUUUUAACAACAAACCUACAACUAAACUAGUUGUAUCCUCCCGGAUUUACCACGUACUCUUUUGCAAAACCAUGGACGGACUUGCGCUUUCUGAAAAGGCCAUCGGCCACCAUGAUGACAGUCCACGGGUAAAUCUUCGCCCUAUAACUGCUCUGGCCACAGGACGUUAUGAAAAAUGCACAUAUGCAACUCCCCGUAGUGUGGUUCUUGUUCCCGGCUUCCAAAACCCAAUACCACAUUACCUACCGCCUCAAUGGACUGCACACAUUCAUCCUGAAGGUCAACUUUAUUUUCAUCGGAACUCGGCCCUUCGGGUCACGACAGACGCGCAUAUCUAUACUCCGGAGAUCCUGGACAACGUACUUUUCUGGGUCAAACUCAUAGAAGCCAUUCUCGAAGAAAAGAAUAUCCCGAUCUUGCCGACCAUCGAGCUCUUCAUCCUGAUUGAAGAAACCGGUUGCGCGUACUACUUCAUCGACCAUGCAUCACGAUCUCAAUUCUGGUUGGACUCAAUACAGAGUGAGGACUUGGGAAUUCCAGAUGUUGUAUCUCCAUCUCAUCUCAGUCUUUACCUUGAAUACCUCUAUUGGACGCACAUCGAGCACUUUCCCAUGCAUCUUGGUGGCCUUCCUGUCAAAGUCGUGGAGGAUCUUCUAUGCGUGCUGUCACACGGCUUGACAGAUCAAAUGACAUCGCAAACAUCCACUUUCUUCUACACUCAGAAGGAAUGUGCUCAGUUCAUUAAAAUCCUCAAAUUAGCUCGAGAGAAUACCGCCGAUGGACAUCAAGUUUGUGUCAUCGCAAGGCUUUGGAGACAAGUUUGUGACAACAGAUUCGUAACACACUAUGGGCAGGAGACCAGUCGGCUUGGCCGAGAUCAAGCUAUCUUAUAUGAUCCUCCCCAAUCCUCAAGCCGGAUCUCAGCUGUAGCACGAUUCAUUACGUUCACCAUGUCCGAUGCAUAUCUGGCUAAACUCAACGACCUGUUCGUCGACCGAUUGGUGUACUUUAGUCAAUGGCAGCCUUUCAUUAGGCGGUGUCUACAAGGCUGGAGAAGAUCCUUCUGGAGUGCGUUUGCGAUCAUAAUGCUUCAUGGAUUCCUGUUCUUUGUCCCAUGCGAGCCCCUGUUGGCCAUCGCCUCUGCUUCCCUCGCUUGCACGAGUUUGUUCACUUCGGUGGUAUUGGUACAUCGUUAUGAUCGACUGGAAACUGACGAUGCUUGUGCGCACGAUGUUCAUGAGCAUCUCACCGCUCUCUAUUCAACGAAAUACGGUUUCCAAUUCGUAGCCUUGUCAUAUGCAAUACCAAGUUCUCUCCAGCUAUGGGCUCUCAUCUUCCUUGCCCUCAAUGCUAUGGUGGUCCUCAGCGGCAUGGUUGGAACAUGUUGUGCUGUUGGUUCUGGGCUGUUUGUGGCCGUCGUAUUGAUUUGGUUCUUGCAAACCACCUCGGAAAGCUCACUGAAUUUCAUCCCGCAAGCUCUUCGAAGGGAAAAACUCGAACAUGAUAUGGUUUGAAGGAUCAUAAACUAUCUUUUUAUUUGGAAGUACUGUUCCUUCUGGAAAUUUGGACAAUAUUUUGUCAAUGUGAUUGGAUAGUGGGUUUUUCUCGUUUUCUAUGAGGAGUCUUCAAAGUAACCGUCUGUAAUUUUAGCCGUUGUAUCUACAAUGUACUGGUCGUUUCUCUUACAGUAUUGUAUCAUAGACAGGCACGUAUAUCCAAACAAGGGGAAUGAGUGUAAGAUGGAUUGUUGUGUAUAUAUCUCAGACGAGACAUUAUGCAUCAGCGUUUCAGCCUCGAGAAACUAAUUGUGAAAUCGGGCC